AUGGCUCCAGGAAACUGGACAGGAGUGAGUGAGUUCAUCCUCAUGAGCUUCUCUUCCCUGCCUGCUGAAAUACAGUCGCUGCUCUUCCUGACAUUUCUCAUCAUCUACCUGGUCACCCUGAUGGGAAACAGCCUCAUCAUUCUGGUUACCUUGGCUGACCCCAUGCUGCACAGUCCCAUGUACUUCUUCCUCAGGAACUUGUCCUUCUUGGAGACUGGCUUCAACCUCGUCAUUGUGCCCAAAAUGCUGAGGACCCUGCUUGCCCGGGACACAUCCAUCUCCUUCCUUGGUUGUGCCACUCAGAUGUAUUUCUUCUUCUUCUUUGGGGUGGCUGAAUGCUUCCUCCUGGCCACCAUGGCAUAUGACCGCUACGUGGCCAUCUGCAGUCCCUUGCACUACCCAGUCAUCAUGAACCAAAAGACAUGUGCCAAACUGGCUGCCGCCUCCUGGUUUCCGGGCUUUCCCGUAGCUACUGUGCAGACCACAUGGCUCUUCAGCUUUCCAUUUUGUGGCCCCAACAAGGUGAACCACUUCUUCUGUGACAGCCCACCUGUGCUGAGGCUGGUCUGUGCAGACACAGCACUGUUUGAGAUCUAUGCCAUUGUCGGAACCAUUCUGGUAGUCAUGAUACCCUGCCUGCUGAUCUUCUGUUCCUACACUCGCAUUGCUGCUGCCAUCCUCAAGAUUCCAUCAGCAAAGGGGAAGCAUAAAGCCUUCUCUACCUGCUCCUCCCACCUCCUUGUUGUCUCCCUUUUCUAUGUAUCUUCAAGCCUCACUUAUUUUCGGCCUAAGUCCAAUAAUUCUCCUGAGAGCAAGAAGCUGCUAUCAUUGUCCUAUACUGUUGUGACUCCCAUGUUGAACCCCAUCAUCUACAGCCUGAGAAAUAAUGAGGUGAAGAACGCCCUCAGCCGGACCUUCCAUAAGGCCACAGCCCUCAGAAGCUGUAUCCCAUAG